CAUACACAUCGCAUUGCUGGUAAUUACUUGAUAGUUUGUGCAAAGGCAACAUGAAGAAACAUUGCUUUAGUAUCUGUGUAUUUGUUUUCGAAGGCUUUGUUAUACUUAUAGCCAGUAAAAACAUAAAGUUUGCAAAAAAUGCCGAUUUGGAAGGGUUUACUUGUCCCACAAUGAAAAAGGAUUUUGAGGAAAAUAAGUUGAAUAAAAUGCAGUGCCUGACAACUUGUGCUGAUAGCUCGUCGUGUUUUGGCGUGUUCCACGACGAAGCUAAUAUGCACUGUGUAGGGUGCAAUCACAAAUUUCUUACCAAUUCAUCCGCCCCAUCUCUGGAUGGAAUGAAGUACCACUUUAAGCAAAGGUACUUGCUAGUCACUGAAGGGAAAACACGGGGCAAUGCAAGUGUAAGCAUAACUUCUCUAACUUUGUAUUCUUAAACGAUUACUAAAUUAUGUUCGCUUGUUG